AUGGCCUGUCGUGCGGGCUCGAGGCUAAGUCGAGCUUGGGGCGAAGCUAGUUCUUCCUCUGGCCACGCCUCCUCUGCCUUGCUCCCCCGCGCCGCUCCUACUCCUCUCCGCUUACGCCAUCCUGCCUCUGCUCGACUACGAUACUACAGCGAUGCUGCAGCUCCAGCCGAGAAGAUUGAGGCCGGAGCCUCCGCCAGUCAAUCGACAGAGGCUCAGAAGGAUGAGCUUGCAGGGUCCUCUUCGCCGGUGACAAAAUCUGAGCUGAAGCGAGCAGGCUUCCUCGAUGAAGCCAUAGCGGCCGAGUACCGCGCAACUGCCUCUGGAAAGCUGAUACGACGGCGGAUACCCCGAGCAACUCUGACCCUCGAGGACUUUCGCAAGCUCAGACCUCGCGCUCCCAGGAUCCCUCCCAUGAGGGUAAAGGACAAGCGCGCCUUCCAGGCGGCGAAGCAGGAUGCUGCUUGGCAGAGGACUUUUGAUGAGAUUUCUGCCGCGCUAGGAGUGGAACAAUUGCGACAAUUGGCAAAGACGGCAGGCCUUACCACUUCUCAUCAGGCGAAGAAGACGGAGCUGAUCAAUGUGCUGUUAAAGGAUCAAUUCAACCUCUUGAGCCCACAAGAGAGACAGAGGGUGGAAAAGGAAGAACGGGUGGACAGGAGGAUACCGGUUAGCAAGACGGAGCUCUUUCUGCUGCUUGUCAAUGGCGGUUAUUCAUUGGGAAUUCUGGCUCAGCAGACGGGAUUGACGCUCAAGCCUGAUGCCAAAACAGAGGAUGGCAAGGCGGUGGAGUACGCAGUAGUUGCUUCAGGUCAGGAAAAGGCUCUUGGGUCGGUAUUGGACGAGAGGAUGCAAUUGUUCCGCAAGGCUAUCGAGGUCAAGGAGUUGCCACUACAGGUACGGGUCGAAGCUCUUGACCCCGCUAUCGUCCGCACCAUCUCCGCUCGGACUCGAACAGUCAUCGAGAGGGCCGACGCGGCUCACGGUGGAUCUCCAGGGCUAAGACUCACAGCGCUAUCGGAAUAUGACCUGUCUCAAGCUCAGCUACAGCUGGCGGCUUACCAAGCUGAAUACUUUCAGCUCCCCACUCCUCUAGCAUCGUACGCUCAGCCAUCCCCUCUGGAUCCAGCAUACGACGAUGCGCUUCUGCAAGGCGACUUGCAGCAUUUUGCUUUCUUACCCAAAGCUACGCCUUCCGUCACGCCUUGGAUGACCGAAGUGGCAUUGGGAGGGGAAGAUACGCCCGUGUACCGCUUGGCCAGAGUGAGAGAAGCAGGACGGACCGCAGGCAGCGAUGAGAUGAGCAAGACCUUUGUCGGACUAGACAUGUUGACUUCGUCUGGGCGGACUUCCACCUCUCUGGAGCCCGCUGAGAAUUGGAGUUGGCUAGGCGAAAGGCUCGAGCUGGAGUCAAUGGCAAAGCAGGCCGACCGUCUGCACCUCAGCAAGCCUGAAGCGGCCAGCACUACGCACGCCUUGUCAGUGGGCAACCUCGUCUUCCCAGGUGAGGUCACAAGUGAAGACCCAGCGGUGGCACAUCUGCAGCACCUCCUCAAUCCUCCCCUAAGUGGGUAUUGGACACUCGAUACCGCUUUCGAAUGGCUGCGACGUCGGCCCCCUCUAGAGGCUGACGAAGAGGAAAGCGACUUGUUCCGGAAUCCCAGGCGGCCUUACUGGAUCAACGAUCGAUUGCCGCACCUGCCUGUUGAUGGUACUGGCGCGAUGUCUGCUCAAUUGGCGGAGCUAGUGGAUACCAACAAAGCUGCCGGGGAGCGCGAGGUAUUGAGGUUAGUGUACCGGCUGCGGCCAGCGAACACUGAAGACGAGUCGGCCAUUUGGAGACUACACAUCGAUAUCGAGGAAAAGUUCAUGUCGAAGUCUUCAGAGAGCUCAAAGGCAGAGAGCGCAGAGCAGGUCGGGAAGGCAGCGCUUCCACAGGAGGAUCAGUCUUCUCCCUCCUCCAGGAGCGUGGAGGAGGAAGGAUCAGCUCCUGAGUCCACCCAGCGUGCUCCGCAAACCCUGCACGCAGCUCCUCAGCACAUCUACACGAUCACCUCGGCACACUGGUCCACCUCUCGCGAGGUCGACGUCCUCUGUCCCGACGUACCGCAAGACUUGCGUCUCUCCUCGACUGUCAAGAUCCCCGUUGACGCAGAGGCCCUCGAAAAGGAGCCACGUCUGUAUGACUACCUGAACACUCUGAGGAGGUACGUCAGAAGGGCUUUGAACCCUUCCCCUCCUCCUCCUCCGUCUAGCUCCAGCGCCGCAGGAGGGGAGAAAAUCAGCGAGGGACUUGCUUCCGAAGGGGAAGAGGCGGAGACCGAGCUGGAGGAAGUCGAGAACGAGAAAGACGGUGAGGAGGGAGAAGGUGGUAGUGGCGACGACGUCAAGCAUGCUCUUCACCCACGACAUGGUCGAGUGCCUACCCCCCUCCUGCACAAGAGCAGAGUCAAGGCGGUUCCUCCCCUCUCCUUCUCCCUUCUUCCCAAGUCCGACUCUGAAGCUGCAUCUGCUGAGGCCUCUAAGGCCAAGGCAAUCCUACACCUAGAGACGGUCGAGCGCAUCGCGACUACUUCGUACUCGCUGCUCACAAAAAGCAGCGAGACCGCAGGGGCAGAGGAAGAGGAAGAGCAAGGAAAGUUGAUCACCGAGACGACUGUUUCGCACAUGUUGAGGUCUGCCAAGACGUCCAGUCGGGUCGAGUGGACUUCCCCCACCGCACCAGCGUCGUCUUCGUCAUCGUCGGAGGAGGAGAAGGCGGCGGCGGCAGCAGCAGAGGGAGCAGAGGAGAAGGCAUCGCAGGGACGGUCUGCAUGGCAGAGCCGACUGGCUCAAGUGGCGGCUCUGAUGGCUGCACGCUGA